AUGUGAUGUCCGCACACGGCUGCCGUAGUUCAUGUGCUCUCGUUUGAAUCGAAGUGGCGAGAAGCCUAUAACUUAAGUUGCUAGCUAACUGUUAAAGACGUUUUAUAUUUUACAAACGUUUGAAACGUUAAUACAGCGAAUAAUUAUGAAUGUUCAACCAUCUAACCCUAACAAUCCGAUAGUGUUUUUCGACGUCACUAUUGGUGGCCAGGAAGUCGGGCGAAUGAAGGUAGAGCUGUUUGCUGAUGUUGUUCCCAAAACUGCAGAGAAUUUUCGGCAGUUCUGCACUGGAGAGUUUAAGAAGGAUGGUGUGCCCAUUGGAUUCAAAGGCUGUACGUUUCACAGGGUGAUCAAGGACUUCAUGAUCCAAGGAGGAGACUUUGUGAAUGGUGAUGGCACUGGUAUAUGCAGUAUCUACAGGGGUCCCUUUGCAGAUGAAAACUUCAAAAUGAAACACUCUGCGCCAGGACUCCUGUCAAUGGCAAACAGUGGCCCUGGAACCAAUGGCUGCCAGUUUUUCAUCACUUGCACCAAGUGUGAUUGGCUGGAUGGGAAGCACGUGGUUUUUGGGAAAGUGGUAGACGGUUUGCUUGUCAUGCGAAAGAUUGAGAAUGUGCCAACAGGACCCAACAACAAACCCAAGCUUCCCAUUGUGGUUGCCCAGUGUGGGGAGAUGUGACCCUGUCCCCAUAGAGACAGCUCAUGUGUGCUGCCUCCUCUGGUGAAUCUGCAGCUCUGCAGCUUGGCAUGGAGAGUGGAGGGGCAUCUUCAGCAAUUGUUCUGUUUUUCAGUCCUGUCCAAUGGUGCAAAUACUUCAGAUUAAUUUGAAACAAUAAAUAUUUCUCAUCAAAUGUGUUUGCAUUGCAAGCACUUAUUUUUUUAAUUCUUAAAAAGGAAAUGUCCAAAUUUUAGAAAUAUUGAUAGCAUAUCACUAGAAUAACAUCCAUUGUGAAAAUAUAAUUCUGGGUCUUAACUUUGUAAAGACUGUUUAAGUAUUUAUGGUUGCAGGAAUUGGUAAGAGAUGAAUCCUGUCAUUUGGUCUAAUCGGUAUGAACACUUAGAUGAUAAACACUGAAGGUGUUAAAAGGUAGAUUUACAACUGGGGGCUUGCUCUCAAAUACCCAAGGAUUUCAGUCUGCUAGUAUCUUAGUACUUUUAUUUUGUCUUUUUUUAUCUUUUAUAUCUUAUAAUAAUUUGCAAAUAUACCGUGUAUUUAUCAUUGGCCCAAAUGAUAAUGAGACAAGACAACUGAAACAUUAAAUCACAUGGAUGUAGAUUACUUUAGAUUUGGGACUGAUAUUGUAUGUACUUCAAGCCUUUCCCCAGCUGAUCGGUCAGUAACAAGGACUUGCUCAUUAGUUACCUUGCUUCACUGUUGUGUACAAACUGAUUAAAUAAAUGUUUUGAUAAAAAAA